AUGCCCGACGAAGGAGACCUCCCAUUAUGGGAUCUCAACGACGCGAUCAAACUCUUGAACCGUCUCGCCCUCAAGAACCCUGAUCCUGCCGUGAGCCAUGAGCUUAUCGUUCACUGCAAUAACGAUCAAGUGGCCAACGACACCUCUGGUGGCUCGCUUGGGGACUUCUCCUUCGUGUGGGAUUUCCUGGGACGCCCUCAUACGGCCGAUGAGCAGCAAGCUACAGAGCUGGUCAAAUACAAGGUCAACGAUGAGCCUGUUGCCGAGAUCGACCUGAACCCGUUGAACAAGGGCGUGCGCUGGCGCGAUGAGGUGGACGGCGCUGAUCUAGAAGACAAUGUCGAACCUCCCAAUAACAAGGCCACGGCCGCGUACAUUCGCAACCAGAAGCGUGCUGCAAGAAGAGCCAGAGCCAAGGAAAGAGCAGAAUAUCUUGUCCCCCAGCAGAAGACCGUUUCCGACACCAGCGAUCUGGAAUCUGGAGAGGAGCUCGAAUCGCUACGCCGCUCUCCGGAUCGCAGAGCUGUUAUUGACGGUAUUCUCGGUCGCAGUCGACCUGGCCUCCGCGAUCACAGUUCACCUCCAACCUCUCCAUCACCCCCCAAAGCUGAAAUCAGAACUCCCAAACGCGACUUGGCUGUCUCCAACCCCUUUGUGUGGGCUACUUCACCGGUUUCUACGCCAUCGAAGCACACUGUCAUUAUUCCGUGUGAUGGAUUGACACCCAAAGCCAGAAAGCAAGCACUGAUCACUGAGUUGAUCCGCCGGCAUCCUGAAGAGAAGAGGUAUCUGAAGAAUUCAGGGCUCCUCGAACCUGCCUUUACUCCGCUAAAUACAUCCGACAUCGGCAUUCAUGUCUUUGUUGACAUUUCGAACAUAUCCAUCGGCUUCCAUGACUGCUUGAAAUUAGCACGUGGAAUGUCUCGCGAAACCCGCCUCAAGCGGGUUCCUCUCUCAUUCCACAACUUUUCUCUCAUCCUUGAACGUGGUCGCCCAUGCGCCAAACGUGUCCUUGUUGGAUCCGACAAAUACGCCGCAAUCCAGCAAGCUAAGUCGAUCGGCUACGAAACCAAUAUUCUCGAGCGCGUGCACAAGGCGAAGGAGCUGACGCCGCGUCAGAAGAAAUACCAAUCCCGAUCGGGGGGUGAGACAAGUGGUUCUGAAACGAACACAGGUCUCCCCAGCUUUUCGGGUCCGGAGAAAUGGGUCGAACAGGCCGUGGACGAAAUUCUACACCUGAAGAUCCUCGAGUCGUUGGUCGACGCACAGAAACCUAGCACCAUCGUUCUCGCCACUGGCGACGCUGCCGAGGCUGAGUACUCAGACGGGUUUCUGCGCAUGGUUGAACGCGCCUUGGAAAAGGGCUGGUGUGUCGAGCUGGUGAGCUUUAAACUCAACACCAGCAGUCUGUACAAGAAAAAAGUUUUCCGUGCCAGAUGGGGCCAGAUGUUUAAAUUGGUUGAGAUGGAUCCGUUUGUGGAAUUUCUGAUCGAUGAGGAGAACGAUGGUUAG